AUGUCCAUUAUCCAUAAAGAAUUACAUGUUAAAUAUAUUCAACAGUUGAAUACUCAGCCAGACCACUUGGAGCAUUGGCUAACAGAACAUUUACGACUAAAUGGGAUUUAUUGGGGUAUUACAGCUCUGACAUUACUAGAUAGAAUUGACGCACUUCCCAGGGACGAAAUUAUAAAGUUUGUAUUGUCGUGCUUUGAUGAAAAUUCUGGUACUUUUGCACCAUACCCGGGACACGAUGGUCAUAUGUUAGCCACUCUCAGUGGUGUACAAAUACUAGCUAUCUAUGAUAGUAUAGACUCUUUGACAAAUGAACAGAUUGAGAGCAUAGUUAAGUUUGUUGUCACCAACCAAUUGGAGGACGGGUCUUUCCAAGGUGAUCAAUUUGGUGAAGUUGAUACAAGAUUUAUCUAUAAUGGUUUAGCCACUUUGAAAUUGUUAGGCCGUCUCACUGAUAAUAUCGUAGAUUCAGCAGUAGAUUAUAUUAAACGUUGUAGAAAUUUUGAUGGGGGUUAUGGAUUAUGCAUUGGUGCAGAAUCUCAUUCAGCUCAAGUUUUCACUUGUUUAGGCGCCUUAGCAUUAACCGGUAAACUUGAUACUAUAUUGACCAAAGACGAGCAAGAACAAACUGCUUGGUGGUUAUGUGAAAGACAAGUCAAUGAAGGUGGAUUUAAUGGUAGACCUUCCAAGUUACCUGAUGCUUGUUAUUCAUGGUGGGUAGGUGCUUCUCUAGCUAUACUUGGCAAAAUCGAUUGGAUUAAUGGUGAUGAUUUAGAAAAAUUUCUAUUAAAGUGUCAAGAUGAGGAAAGAGGUGGGUUUAGCGAUAGACCUGGGAAUGAAACUGAUGUUUUCCAUACAAUUUUCUCAUUAGCUGGAUUAAGUUUAGUAGGAAAACAAGAUUUGAUGCCAAUUGACCCUAAGUAUUGUUUACCACCUUCUGUCACAUGUAAAUUAUGA